ACAGGCGCCGACUACAAGCGUACGCGAGCGCUGCUGCGCGGAACAGCGAAGAUCUGGGCUCUUCGGUGCUAUCACAGCCCUGCAUGCACGAACGGCGUCUCCAGGCUGAUCGGUAACAUGCAUGUAUCACUGGCAGAGGCUCUGGAGGUUCGGGGAGGGCCAUUGCAAGAGGAGGAAGUAUGGGCAAUUUUGAAUCAAAGUGCAGAGAGCCUUCAAGAACUAUUCAGAAAAGCUGAUCCUACUGCUCUGGGAUUCAUCAUUUCUCCAUGGUCUCUCCUGUUGCUCCCAUCUGGCAGUGUAUCAUUUACAGAUGAAAAUGUCUCCCAACAAGACCUGCGAGCAUUUACAGCACCAGAGGUUCUGCAGAACCAUUCUCUGUCAUCUUUGUCAGAUGUUGAAAAGGUCCAUAUUUAUUCUCUUGGUAUGGCACUUUUCUGGGGAGCUGACCAUGAAGUUCCUCAAAGUCAGCCUAUCAAACUUGGAGAUCAUCUCAACAGCAUACUCCUCGGGAUGUGUGAAGAUGUCAUUUAUGCCCGUGUAUCUGUACGAACUGUUCUGGAUGCUUGCAGCGCCCACAUAAGGAACAGUAACUGUGCCCCUUCUUUUUCAUACGUGAAACAGUUGGUCAGACUAGUUCUGGGAAGCCUGUCUGGGGUGGAUCAGCUUCCUUGUAACGGAGAUAGAAAAUUGCAGCCAGACAGGAGCCAGGCUAUUCGAGAGAGACUGAGGGGAAAAGGACUUCCCACAGGAAAAACAUUGAUGGUUGAUGCAGCUGAAGGACACAAAACUCACUUCUCUCAACAGACCACGCUUAACAAAGGACUUAGCAAAUCUAUGGGAUUUCUGUCUAUUAGAGGAACCCAAGGCGAGGAUGAGUUUUUCCAGGGCAUUUCCACAGAUUACAGCUCAGGGCAGGAAGAUGUUUUCUGUCCUCAUAGAUGUAAAACCAGUGAGUUUGAAAAAAAAGGUCACUUUCAUACAGAUGUCACUCCCAAGCGGAAAGUAUGGGCUUCCUCCACUGACUUGCUUUGCACAACUGACAAAGCAGCUGAGAGGAACCAUGCUGGAGGCUCUCAUGGGCACAGCUAUCAAUGUGAAGCAUUUACAGUACGAACUUCUACUACCAGAAACAAGGAAGCAAGAUACUCUGAUGGGAGCAUAGCACUGGAUGUCUUCGGACAGCAGAAAAUGGACCAAAUGCGCCAUGUGCCUGAGACAUCAACUUCUGCAGCAAUAUCAAGUGCCUUUGACAGGAUAAGGGAGAGACAGAAGAAGUUGCAGCUUCUGAGAGAAGCUAUGAAUGUAGAAGAGCCUUUGCGAAGGUACAAAUCUUACCACAGUGAUGUUUAUAGUACUUCGAGUGAAAGUCCAUCUGUUAUUUCUUCAGAACCAGAUUUCAGGCAAGUGAGAAGAAAUGAAGGUUUCAAGAGAGAUGAUGCCAGCAGUGCUUUGCCGGGUCCUGAUGAUAUCUCCUCAUCAAGUCAAGCUAAUUCUCAGAGGGCAAGGCAACAUGAAGCACCAUUUGAAGGCAGUCUAGUAAGUCAAGAAGUGAUGCUUAAGCAUCAGGAAGAAGAAAUGAUGCAACUGCAAGCUAGAAUGGCUCUCAGGCAGUCCCGACCUAACCUCUACCCAGGAGAUGCAAUUAGGUCCUCCAUGCUUGACAUCACCAGAGAUCCACUGAGAGAAAUAGCCCUGGAAACAGCCAUGACACAAAGGAAACUGAGGAAUUUCUUUGGCCCUGAGUUUGUAAAAAUGACGAUUGAGCCAUUCAUCUCCUUGGAUCUGCCAAAGUCGAUCUUGACUAAGAAAGGGAAGACUGAUGACACUAGGCGAAAAGUAAAUGUGAUGCUUCUAAGUGGGCAGAAGCUGGAGCUGACCUGUGAUACCAAAACAAUAUGUAAAGAUGUCUUUGAUAUGGUGGUUGCCCAUAUUGGCUUGGUGGAGCAUCACUUUUUUGGGUUGGCUACUUUAAGAGACAAUGAAUUUUUCUUCGUUGAUCCUGAUAUAAAGCUAAGUAAAGUAGCUCCUGAAGGAUGGAAAGAAGAACCAAAGAAAAAGAACAAGCCCCCUGUUAACUUCACUCUGUUUUUUCGCAUAAAGUUUUUUGUGGAUGAUGUCAGUCUUAUACAGCAUACACUGACCUGUCACCAGUAUUAUCUGCAGUUGCGGAAGGAUAUUCUGGAAGACAGGAUGCACUGUGAUGAUGAGACAGCCUUAUUAUUAGCAUCCCUAGCUCUCCAAGCUGAGUAUGGAGAUUACCAGGCUGAGGUGCAUGGCAUGUCCUAUUUUAGACUAGAACACUAUGUCCCGGCUAGAGUGAUGGAGAAACUAGAUCUGUCCUACAUCAAGGAAGAGCUGCCAAAAUUGCAUAGCAGUUACGUGGGUGCAUCUGAAAAAGAGACAGAGUUAGAAUUUUUGAAGUUGUGUCAGAGGCUCACAGAAUAUGGGGUUCAUCUUCAUCAUGUGUUGCCUGAGAAGAGAUCCCAAACAGGUAUCCUUCUGGGAGUGUGCUGCAAAGGAGUUGUUAUUUUUGAAGUUCACAAUGGUGCCCGCACACCUGUACUACGCUUCCCAUGGAGAGAGACAAAGAAAAUAUCCUUUAGUAAGAAGAAAAUAACUUUGCAGAACACAUCAGAUGGUAUCAAGCAUGCAUUUCAGACUGACAAUAGUAAGACUUGCCAGUACCUUUUGCAUCUCUGCUCUUCCCAGCAUAAGUUCCAACUACAGAUGAGAACCAGGCAGAGCAACCAAGAUGCUCAGGACAUUGAAAGGGCUUCAUUUAGGAGCCUAAAUCUCCAUGCAGACUCUGUCAAAGGCUUCAACAUGGGACGAGCAAUCAGUACUGGUAGCCUGGCCAGCAGCACUUUGAAUCGACUUGCCAUUCGACCUCUGUCUGUUCAGGCAGAGAUUCUGAAGAGACUGUCCUGCUCUGAGCUCUCACUCUUCCAGCCACUUCCUGGCUCUUCAAAGGACAAGAAUGAGAAGACUCUGUGGGAGGAAAGACCCAGGGUUAUGAGCAAGUCAUUUCAUGAUCUGAGUCAGAGCCACAUCUCGGUUUACCCCCCAAGGAAAAAUAUCAUUACUGCUUUGGACUCUUCCCCCAAAAAAAUAGAAGACAUAAUGGGCAGAGUCUUUAAGCAAAUGCCAAAAUUUGAUACUGGAUCAGCAGCAGGAGCAUUAAAACUGAGCAAUUCAAAAUCUCAUGCAGGUUUAAGUAGAAGCCCUGAAAGAAAGAAAAAUGAAUCAGACUCAUCAUCCACUGAAGAUACCGGUCAAGCCUACGUUGUAGGCGUUAGCAUGAAUACUUCAGAAAAUCAUCUGUCAUCAACACUAUUAAAAGAGAGUGUUGAUUCUCUGCAAGCAACACACAACAGAGUUGCCUCACCAGAAAGAGAGAUCACUUUGGUGAACCUGAAGAAGGAUGAAAAAUUGGGCUUAGGCUUUCAAAUAGUCGGUGGAGAGAAGACGGGGAAACUUGAUCUGGGAAUUUUUAUUCAUUCAGUUAUUCCCGGAGGGCCAGCUGAUUUGGAAGGAUCUCUAAAGCCAGGACACCGACUAAUAUCUGUAAAUAGCACAAGUUUAGAAGGCGUCAGCCACCAUGCAGCAUUAGAAAUUUUGGAGAAUGCACCUGAAGAUGUAAUACUUGUUAUCUCUCAGCCCAAGGACAAGCUAUCCAAAGCAUCAUGUAAUGCUGCACACAUCAGUAAUGGAACCAGGGGUUAUUUGAGGAGGCCAUCGUCGGUGCAGGACAAUGAGGCAGAAUCCUCUUCAGAAGAGCACAACCAGCCUCGUGGUCACCAGAGACCUGUUUCAGGGAGUUUGUCUGGCUUCUCGGGUGGCAAGCGGGAUGGAAGUGUGAGCUCCCAGGAUUCCAGAACUGAGAGUGCCAGCCUGUCUCAGAGCCAGACAGCCGGCUUCUUUGGCAAACGUGCAAGUGGUAGAGCCCAGCAGGAUCCUCAGCAUUACAGUGAUUCCCAGUCUGGGCUUUCUAAAAUGAACGAGAAGAGAAGAUCCUCGUCAGACAGUACACGAGCCAAAAAUAAAAGGCCUGGGGUAGUGGAGCCUGUGGAGUAUUCUGACCGAGGGGAUUCUGACAUGGAUGAAGCAACUUACUCCAGCAGUCAGGAGCAGCAGCCAGCUAAAAAGGAAUCUUCUUCAGCGAAUACAGCAAACAAAAUGAAUUCUAAAAAGGUUACUGGAGCACUUCUUAAACCUGGAGAUAUCUUUGAGGUUGAACUAGCCAAAAAAGAUAACGGCUUGGGAAUAAGUGUCACGGGAGGUGUAAAUACUAGCAUAAGGCACGGUGGUAUUUAUGUGAAAGCAGUUAUUCCCCAGGGAGCAGCUGAAGCAGAUGGCAGAAUAGAAAAAGGUGACCGUGUGCUGUCCGUCAAUGGGAUUAGUUUGGAAGGUGCUACCCAUAAGCAAGCUGUUGAAACGCUGAGGAACACCGGGCAGGUGGUGCAUCUGCUGUUGGAAAAAGGUCAGCUUUCAGUGGCCAAGGUUCAUGCUCCAGUAACACCACAAUGCACACCUCCGAAUCAGGUGGGGCAAUGUCAGCCACAGGAGAAGCCAGCGACAAAAACUACAAAUGCCAAAGAAUACAGCUUUGUCACUGCAGAGAACACAUUUGAGGUAAAGCUGUUGAAGAACAGUUCAGGCCUUGGGUUCAGUUUCUGCCGUGACGAUAACCUUACCCCAGAGCAACUGGGCUCAACUAUUGUGAGGGUGAAAAAGCUCUUCCCUGGGCAGCCUGCAGCAGAAAGUGGGCAAAUAGAAAUUGGGGAUGUCAUUCUGAAAGUGAACGGGGCAUCCCUAAAGGGUUUGUCCCAGCAGGAAGUCAUCUCUGCUCUGAGAGGAACAUCCCCAGAAGUCUCUCUUCUCCUUUGUCGACCACCAUCUGGUAUACUACCAGACAUCGAUCCUUCUUUAUUGACUCCCAUCCAUUCACCCCAACAAGUAUUUCCCGAUGUCAGCAGAGAAGUUUCUGGUCCAUCAAAUGGAGAACAAGGUGACAGCUCAGAUGAAAAUGAAACAACUGAUCUGAGCAAGAAAGGGCUAAAAUCUUCCUCUAGAAGAGACAGCUACAGUGACAGCAGCAGGAGUGGUGAUGAGGAGGUGAUAGACUUGCCAGCACAAGUGGGCCUUGGCUGGAGUUCUGCGCUACACCAAACUUCAGAUGAAGCUAUGACACAGGCACAUAGUCAGUAUGAGGCACAAGGUGGUCAGGAGGAGGCUGUUCGCACCAUCUCAUAUCCUGAUCCAGAGGCUCCUAGCAAGUCAGAGCUUGAGAACAGUGAUUUGCCACUGGAUUUGCCACUGAUCCCAAUCUGUAGAACUGUUGCUGAUGUUACCACAUCCAUUUUAAUAAAUGACUGUUACGGUACUACUGCUUCUGAGCUGACUCCGCACCUGGGAGAAGUGGAUUCAUUACUCAGCCAGUUGGAAAAAAACGCUGAAGAAUAUGAGCCGGAAGUAGAGCUUCGAGUCACUAUGACAAAGUCAGAAAAGGGCAGUCUGGGUUUUACAGUGACCAAAGGUAGCGAUAAUGUUGGCUGCUAUAUUCAUGACAUUGUUCAGGAUCCUGCCAAAAGUGAUGGGAGACUACGACCUGGAGACCGACUGAUAAAAGUUAAUGACAUUGAUGUCACUAACGUGAGUCACACCGAUGCAGUAAACUUUCUCCGCACUGCCCCAAAGACUGUCAGAUUAGUGCUAGGGCGUGUUUUGGAGCUACCGAAGAUGCCAGUGCUGCCUCAUUUACUGCCUGAUAUCACACUAACGUGCCAUGAAGAGGAGCUAGGUUUGUUGUUAUCAGGAGGUCAUGACAGCCUUUACCAAGUUGUGUAUAUCAGUGACAUUCUCCCCAGAUCGGUUGCUGCCAGAGAGGAGAGUCUCCGUGCACUAGAUAUUAUCCAUUAUAUUAAUGGAGUAAGCACACAGGGGAUGACUCUGAAAGAAGCCAAAAGAAUGCUGGAAACAUACCUUCCAAAAGUGGUGCUUAAAGUGACCAGAGAUGGUCAUGCAGUGCUUCCAAAAUCCAAAAGCCCUGAUAGCUCAAAUCCAUGGCCAGUGAAAGCUAAUGGUUGUUCCUAUAGUGAUUCCUGUGAUAAAACAGAAAAGACAACUAAUGCUCAUGGGCCCAAGAUAAACGGCAAUGGCUUCCUGGGGCCUUCCCAGAUAAAUACAGAAAACAACAUCCAUCACACAAAAGGCCUAAUGAAUCUCUCGGGAUCUGGAGAUGCACCUUCCCUUGGCUUUACCAAUCAGAUAGCAGACUUUUCUGAACAGAGUGACAGAUCAGAGGUUCCAGAUGAUGAGUAUUACGAUGACGAUGAUCACAAUGAAGUUGUCCAGUAUCUGUUGGAUGUUGUAGAUGAGGAAGCCCAGAACCUCUUAAAUCGUAAUAAUGUGACCUCAGAGGCUCAGAGUCUUCUACAUCUCAGGAAGGCCACAUCAGAAGAUCACUUGCCAGCAGAGAUGAAUGGAAAGCUGACAGAAGACAAGUCUGAAGACACAGAUUGUGAUGGGUCGUCUUUGCCUGAAGAUUUUUCAGAGCUAACACAUGUAAAUGGAUAUGAAGACUACUGUGAAGUAAAAGCUAUGCCAGAAAGGUCAACUCCACAACCUCCUUUGAGUCAAGCAGAUGAAGAUGAAAUCACGUGGGGAAGUGAUGAACUGCCAAUUGAAUCAGUCAGCCAGGAACGUGUAAAUAAAGAUUUCCCUUUAGUGACAAAUGACGAGAUCUCUGCUCUCUCUACUGUGAACGUGCUCCCGGGUGGCAAGUACUCAGGAGCUAAACUGAAGUCAGUGAUCAGAAUGUUGCGUGGAUUGCUGGAACAGGGAGUCCCUUCUAAAGAGAUUGAAAACCUUCAGGAGUUGAAACCUUUGGAUCAGUGUUUGAUUGGACAAGCCAAGGAGAACAGGAAGAAGAACAGAUAUAAAAAUAUACUUCCUUAUGAUACCACUAGAGUUCCCCUUGGGAUUGAAGGUGGAUACAUCAAUGCCAGCUUCAUUCGCAUGCCAGUGGGGAAUGAAGAGUUUGUUUACAUUGCAUGUCAAGGACCUCUCCCCACGACUGUAGCAGAUUUCUGGCAGAUGGUUUGGGAGCAAAACUGUACUGUGAUUGCCAUGAUGACUCAGGAGGUUGAAGGAGAAAAGAUAAAAUGCCAGCGUUACUGGCCAGAUGUACUCAAUAAAACCACCAUGAUAAAUGAUAGACUACGGCUUGCUCUUGUAAGACUCCAGCAGCUCAAGGGCUUCAUCAUUAGAGUGCUGGAGCUAGAAGAGAUUCAAACAGGUGAAGUACGGCACAUUUCCCAUCUGAACUUCAUUGCCUGGCCUGACCAUGACACCCCUUCUCAGCCAGAUGACCUGCUUACUUUCAUCUCCUACAUGCGUCAUGUCCACAAAUCAGGACCUAUCAUAACUCACUGCAGUGCAGGCAUUGGACGGUCGGGGACCCUUAUUUGUAUAGAUGUUGUUCUAGGGUUAAUCAGCAGAGACCUCGAUUUUGACAUCUCGGACCUGGUGCGCACAAUGCGUCUGCAGAGGCAUGGAAUGGUUCAGACAGAGGAUCAGUACAUUUUCUGCUAUCAAGUUGUUCUUUAUGUCCUGAAUCAUCUCCAACAGGAAGAACAACAGAAAGACAAAUGAAAUAAUGCUGAAGCAGAAGUGCUUUUAAAAUAAGAAAGCAGGGAGGUCUAGAGGCUCUCACAUGUUCUGCCAAUAUUUUCCAGUCCCUUUCUUCAGUUGCUGUCAGAUGUCUUUUCUAUAAAGUCUCUCCAUCAUUCCAAAUAAGGUAUAUAGCUAUGAGGAAAAGGGAUAGCUCAUGUGGUACCACUAAUGUCUUCAGUCGCAUGGACACGUAUGUGAGAUUUUUGUAUAGCAGUAAAUAAUAUUUAAUAAAGCUGCAUUUUUUUGCAGUUUCCUUAAUAUGUAGUAAAAUAAUUAAGUAAAAAAUAUUUUAAUUAAAAAAAAGUAAAGAAGAAGAAAAAAAGUAAUCUUGUAAUGCUUCCUGCAUUUUUGCAACUGUUUUGGGGUAUUUGUUUCUUAUGGGGUGGGGGAGUGGGAGGGAUGAAGCAGUAUUUUUGUCCUGGCAAACAUUAUUACAAAGACAUUUUAAUACUCUCUUUUAAAAGCUUGUUUAUGGCAGAUUUUUUGCCCUUUUAGUAUAGUUACAGCUAUUUUAUAGAGGGUAUCUUGAAAUCUGCAUUUAAGCUUUGAGAUACCUGUUAGCAUGAUAGUAGUGAAUGUUUACUGUAUCACAGUUAAUAAGGUUUACUUCAUAGAGUUUCAUGUAUAUAUUUAUACACUUUUACAGAAAAAGCUGAAUUAUCAGGUGUCUAACCUUAUAACUGAUUAGGCAUCUCCUCUGUAAAUAAAAAAUGCACCUAAAGUA